UUCUCUUCGUAGUUAACUAUUUGUUUAUUUUAAUGUUGAACGAAUUAAAAAAAAAUAUUGUUAACAUUUAUAUUAUUGAAAUGACUAUUCUCUAAAGUUAUCAUUGAAUAUUUUGCUUUGUAACGUCUAUACACCCGGAUCCAUUGUGCGAGAGCUGUCAACGAGAAAUUUUGUCCUCGCAUUCAUUUCUUUGUAACUUGAAAUAAUUCUUUAAUAAACAUGCCACGUGUUAAGAGAAAAGAAAAACAAGUAGUUCAACAUGAAAGCAAACAAAUAUCUAUAGCUAUUCAGACUGAUAAUAUUGACAAUGUCGAAAUAAUUCGUUUGCAAGAACAAUUAAAAAUAUUACAAUUAGAGAAUGAUAAUCUUAGAAAGCAUGCGGGUGGUAAUUUUCUUUCUUCAAAAAACUUAUCUGCAAAAAUUAAUACGGAUAUCGUUCAAAGUCCAAGAAAGAUUAAUGAAACAGUGAAAGAUCCUCAAAUUUUAAAAAGUUCUACCAAGCAAAAAAUAUGUACUUGCAAAGGUAAUUGUUCUUCCAAAAUAUGCGGUUGUGUUAAGCACCAACGUAAAUGUGGUCCGACUUGUAAAUGUAACAAUCAAGCUUGCCAGAACCAGGAAUUGGAAAAUAAGGAAAAUAUAAAGAGUACGCAAUAUGAGAUGCUAAAUCAAACGCAAAAGUUAGAAGAGAUGUCUAUGAAAGAUGAAACUAUACAUCAGAAUUUAUUCAGUCCUGUAGGAACAGAGAAUGAAGUUAAGCUCGAUAACAUUCAGUUUGAAGAAAUAUCUUUCGAUAGUAAAAAAAAAUUAAUGUUUGAAGAUGAAAAUAUUCAAGAAAAAGAGCCGGUUGUAAAGAAGAGUUUAAAUCAAAAAAAAAAGAAAAAUAAACCACAACAUGAAGAUAAGGACGAUAUCCCUGAGGUGAAUACGAGCUUUGAUCCUAUGAAACCAAAACGUCAAUUGCCACGAACUCCACCACAUGCCAAUAUUAAUUCUGAAUCUGAUAAUGUUCUAAAUAAUGUUGAAACACCUACAGAAAAAAUUGAACAAAAAGAUGAUAUUAUUCCAGAAGUGUUGAAUCAAGAGAAUGUAGAUUUGGAUAAACUCAGUAUAGAACUCGUUAAAUGUAAUAAAUGCAAAAGAAAGUUUUAUCCAUGGAGAGUAGAAGUACAUGAAAGUGCUUGUCAUAGAUUGUAAUCAACUGUUUCACACAAACAUGUCUGACUAUAAUAAAUGGAAUAUCUAUAUUA